AUGUCAAAUGAAACGAUUCAAAGCAUAGGACGUGUGAAACCCUUAGUUGAAGCUCAAGUUAAGAGCAAAUUGGUCAAAAACAGGCUUCGACGACUCUGCUCUGUUCAUAAUUGUGAGAAACAAGCUCAACGAAAAGGUCUCUGUGCUCGACAUCUUACGGAGAAUAAACGACAACCGGUUACACAGACCAUUACAACUUUUCAUCAACCAUCAGCAUCUUUAUCAACAGAAAACUCUAGGAAUAUGUCUUACAAUCCUACGAAUGCGGCUUCUACUCAAGAAUAUGACGAAGUGUUGAGCACUCUUGAUGAUUUCGAUGGUGAUCACAGGAAGCCAAUGCUAUCACAUCAAAUUGGACAAAAUAUUAGGGUAAUUUCUACUAAUAAAUCAUCAGAAUGCACAUAUGACAACAUCGAACCCAUAAAUCAAGUGGGUAUUGGUAGAUCUUCGAUAUCUAUUACAGUCCCGGGCACAUCGACGGAUACAUUCUGCGAAACUACGCUCAAUAACAACACAACGAUAGACAUGAAAACAUGUGAAUAUCGAUUUUUACCGGAGAAUGGUGAGAGGUGUUGCAAUCGAGCCACAUAUCAAUGCACUCAUUGUUCAUCGACUUUUUGUCUCAAGCAUGGCUCAAAACAUCAGCAAACUGUAAAAGAAGAACUACGAUGUUUACUAGAAGAAGCUAAGCAACUUUAUGAAAAAUUAUUAUCAUUGAACAUAAAUAGUGGUCGAGAGCAUUGUUUAAACCAGUUUAAAUCUUGGAUGAAAAUGAUACAAGAUAAAAUCAACCAACAAUAUAAGGAAUUUCAAAUGGAAGUUGAUCGACUUCAUGGACUUGUCAAUUUUAAUAGAGAACACUUGAUAAGGUCUUUGGCGAAUCACAUGGAAACAAAAGUUAGUGAUGUGAUGAAGAAACAGUUAGAAAAGGAUGAAAUCGAUGAAUUCGAAAUCAAUAGAGCUCGAAAUGAAUUCGUUCACAUACAACAGCUAUUUGAUAUCCUCUGUAAGCAACCAUUGAUUUCAGUAAACAAUGGGGUAGGCAAUGAACUCAUCUUGAAUGCACCCCGGGCAACUCUUCGUAAUCUGAAUGUGGAUGGUUUUAAUUGGACUGAGGAAACUUCAACGAAAAACCCUUCUCCGAUAAUUGACUUCUCCGAUCUAAACCAAGUUCACGUUGAAGACACUAUUAUAUAUCAAAGUACAAACUAUCGUGAUAUUAACUACACAACAGCGAAUCACAUAAAAAUUAGCAAAACCAAAAGAAUGAAGACGGCGGACCAAACAGAGAACACGACAAUGCACGAAAAUCCAGUGAUGGUAACUAAUACCUUUCAAACAGAGCCAAGUCUAAUGAAUCAGGAUAUCAUCAACGAUAUUCUCGAGACUAUGUUGCCUUCACAUGAAUCAGCAAUGGAAAAUACACACAAGCAAUUAGUUCUAUCAUCACCACCACCACCACCCCCUCGAUCUCGAAACCCAAGGCUCGAAGAAAUAAUUGCCAAUCACCAUGAUAGGGAAGAUUUAUCACUGAAAUUCAUGGCAUUGACCGAUGUUGAUAUGGAAAUAGUGGCUUACUAUGCAAUUCUCAGAAAUGCGACACUCACGACACUCGAUAUCUCUCUCAAUAUGGUCGGUGACGACGGAGCCAGACAUCUAGCCGAUGCCUUAGCUAAUAACAAAGUGACGCUCAAUCAAUCUUCACGUAUAGCAUACAUUGUUAACCUUCUUUUGAAACAGACACUCACGAUACUCCAUGUCUCUGCGAAUAAUAUCGAUAAAGACGGUGCUAAACAUCUAGCCAAGGUCUUAGCUAAUAACAAAGUGACGUUCAAUCAAUCUUCACCUAUAGCAUACAUUGUUAACAUCCUUUUGAUACAGACACUCACGACACUCAAUCUCUAUGCCAAUGAUAUCGGUAACGACGGAGCUGAACGUCUAGCCAAUGCCUUAGAUAAUAACAAAGUGACGCUCAAUCAAUCNAAUUGGAAACUGAGAAUAAUAAACAAUUGCUUUUUUCUUAUAUCAUUCAAGUCGUUAUUAAUAUGA